CAGGCAAAUUGUUAAAAAUAAUAUUUUCACCUAGAAGUAUAAGAACAACAUCAUCUACCGUGAUUUGAAAAUGUCAUCUGUGCAGGAUGAAAUUACCCGAUUUGCUCGCAAACAUGCAAGAAAACUGGAGCUCCUCACAAAUACGGCUGCCAUAAAACUGCGUAACAACUCGCAGGACAUCAAGACACAUCUUUGACAAAGUUUGGCACCAAGGCCUAUUGUUAAAACUACGCGAGCAGCUUCUGCACACAUGGUGCACACACCUCAAAUCAUAUCUGACUGAAAGACAUUUUCGCGUUAGAUACGAAGGAACGAUGACUAAUUGGAAGACUAUAUUAGCUGGAGUACUUCAAGGUAGCGUUCUCGGACUUAUUUUGUACGGACUUAUUUUGUACCUACUCUAUACAGCUAAUAUUCCAACUAACGACAAUACAAUGAUAGCUAUGUUCGUCAUACUGCAAUACUAUCAACAAGGAAGGACCAACAAGCUGCGACUGAGAUCCUACAAACGACAAUCAACACUGUACACAACUGGACGAAACGAUAGAAAUAAAAAUGAAUGGAGAUAAGUUGGUGCACGUUAACUCCGCCUUACAUAUAACCACAUACAUCCCAGUCAUGCUAAAUCAACAGAUAAUUCCGCAAAAUAAUUCAGCUAAAUAUCUGGGAAUGCACCUUGACUCACAAUUUAACUGGAAACAUCAUGUAUACCAGAAAAAGUUGCAAAUCAAACAAAAAAUGCACAAACUGUUCUGGUUAGUUGGACGACACUCCGAGCUAAACUUAACCAGCAAACGUCUCUUGUAUAUAUCGAUUGUUAAAGCGAUUUGGAUUUAUGGUAUUCAACUGUGGGGUUGUGUCAUUAAGUCCAAUAUCGGCAAAAUACAACGAUGCCAGCGCAUCGCUUUUCAUACAAUUGUCGCAGCAUAUCGGUAUAAUAAGAACAUCAUCCUCCGCGAUUUGAAAAUGUUAUCCGUGUAG